GGCGUCGACAACUUCAAUCACAACAUCCUACGUCGCGAUAGGCGCUCGUCGCCUAUUUGAGUGCCGACGUCGGAACAUUACAGAUAACAUGCCCGAUAUGACAGAAUACCAAGACGAUUUACCUGCAGCCAAGAGGUCAAAGAUGGGGCAUAGUUACCAUGCUUCGAGACGCUUUAGGAAGGUUGCUAUCUGACGUUGGGGCUGGAGAACGUUGCCCGUCUCCAAGACAAAAAAAAUGUCCCGAGCCUGGAAGGAUCAUGACUUGCAAUGCAGGACGAUCCGUCGGCAGUCAACGGCUUUCGCCAGUCAGUCGAGAGGUCUAUAUCCGAGAUCGCAUACCCAAGUUAUAUAAGGCUUGAACACCCCUUAGUUGACCAAUUCCCUCAUACUGACCAUGGAAAGCUACUUGAUCCGCAGAAUUCCUACCAUGGCACCCUCAGUCCUAACUUUGGGCCUGCUGGCUUUGAUCCUCAGUCAGCACACGGUAAUAGCGGAGGGAGGCAGUCACCUCAUCAGUCGCCAGGCCAAUGGCACAGUCGCCAGUCCGCACUUCACUGCUAUCUCGGACUACGUCGACUCCAUCACGGACGAGCUUUCAACGAUCAACACGGAGAUCCACUCGAACCCAGAACUAGGGUAUGAGGAAGUCAAAGCGCACGAGCUUCUGACGUCGUUCAUGGAAGAGCAGGAGGGCUGGAGCGUCACUCGAUCGGUCGGCAACAUAUCGACAGCCUUUAUGGCCGUGUUCGACGGCAACGGUGGCGGCCCCGUCAUUGGCUUCAACGCAGAGUACGACGCUCUCCCUGAACUCGGCCAUGCCUGUGGCCACAACCUCAUCGCCACGGCAUCUCUCGGCGGCGCCCUCGCCGCUGCACAAGUCAUGCGCAGCGAGUCCCUCGGCGGCAAGAUCAUCCUCUUCGGAACGCCUGCAGAAGAAUCGCUGGGCGGGAAGGUCAAAAUGCUCGAAGCCGGCGUCUUCGCCGACGCAAAAAUCGAUAUCUCGCUCAUCUCGCACCCGACAUCCGCCGGCGACAGCCCGUACAUGACAACCACGUCCACGGACCGCGUCGACGUGGCUUACACGGGCCUCGAAGCGCACGCCGCCGCCAGCCCGUGGGAGGGCAUCAACGCGCAAGACGGGCUGCUGGUCGCCAACAGCGCGCUGAGCUACAUGCGGCAGCAGAUGCGGCCCUCGGAGCGCGUGCAUGGCUUCAUCUCGAGCGCAGGGAGCCGCAUCAACGUCAUCUCCGCGAAAGCAGAAGGGUCGUACCAGAUCCGCGCAAACGACAACACGCAGCUCGCCAACCUCACAACGCGCGUCGAGAAUUGCUUCAAAGCGGGUGCGCUCGCCACGGGCGCGGCGCUCAACUUCACCAUCAGACCGUACGGGUACGCGAACCACGUCACGAACGACCUCCUCGCGGCGAGCUACGCCUCGUACUUCACGCAGCAGGGCGGCACCCUCGCACCCGCGGAGACAGACAAGCUGAAAGACCCCUCCGGCUCGACGGACCAGGGCAACCUCAGCCACGAGUGGCCGAGCAUCAGCCCGUACUUCCAGAUCUUCAACGAGGACGGGAGUGCGCCGCUGACCGGGCCGCACACGCGGCUUUUUCAGGUGGCAGCGGGUAGCAGUCGGGCGUUUGAGAAGAGCCUUGUCGUUGCGAAGAGCCUUGCUGGCGUGGCGGUUGAUGUACUCACGAAAGAGGGGCUUUUGGAGAGUAUUAAGGAGGAGUUUGAGAGGACGAAGACGCCCAGUCUAAGGAGGAGGGGGAGUGCGGUGUUUGGAGUGGUGUGAUUUGAUGGCUUGAGGCGGUUGUGCGAGCGAAUGAGUGGUGAGAGAAGUAGUCGUCGAGUAACGAAUUCAAUGCCAGUCAGAUCCUAUAACUUAUCCAUGACCGCGGGUAUGAUUCAUGGCGGC